AUGAUUCUCUCGACUCUACUCUUCGCGGCGAGCGCUGCGGCGCUGCCGAAUACCCUUGAGAGCAGGCAAGACCGCAUCGAUCCUCUUGUCAACCCAGGUCUUGCUCCUUCACCACACAUGCAUCAGGUCAUCGGAGGAAAUUCCUUCAACACGACCAUGCAGUCGACAGACAUUGCCAAAAUCUCGACCUGCACCACUUGUGGAUAUUCGGAAGAUUUCUCCAACUACUGGACCGCCAACUUAUACUUCAAAGCGAAGAAUGGAACGUAUAAGCGUGUGCCUCAAGUUCCCAACCGAGAUCUCUUCAAUGAUAAGUAUACUGGAAAGACGAAGGGCGGUUUCGUCGUCUACUACGUGUCACCAGGAAAAAGCAAAGUUACCGCAUUCAAGCCUGGUUUCCGCAUGCUUGUUGGUGAUGCAAACAACCGCGUGAGCAAAAAUUUGAAGUCGCAAACCUGCUUCCGAUGCUACACUGGGCCGAAUUUUGGAGGUGACAAUGCCGCACCUUGCCAAGAUGCAAAGCUCGACACCGAGGGCCUACCCAAGGCUGCCUGUGCUGGUGGUAUUCGAUCAAAUAUUUUAUAUCCGACAUGCUGGGACGGAAAGAACCUUGAUUCGCCCGAUCACAAGUCGCACGUAGCGUACCCAAAGAACGGACCUGCUACAUUCACUGGCAGCAGUGUUGGCGGAGACUGUCCCUCAACUCAUCCCGUGAAAAUUCCCCAAAUCAUGCUUGAAAUUGUCUGGGACACUACGCAAUUCAACAACAAAGCAGAUUGGCCCACCGACGGCUCGCAGCCCUUCGUCCUCAGCACCGGCGACACUACAGGCUUCGGUCAGCACGGUGAUUACGUUUUUGGUUGGAAGGAUGACUCCCUGCAGAAGGCGAUGGAUGAUGCUAAGGGCUGCAUGGGUGCCAACUGCGGUAGCCUCAAGACUCAACAGCCUGAUGCUGGCAAUGCAUGCAAGGUGCCGAGGCGCGUCAACGAGGACGCCGAGGGCUGGUUGACUGAGCUGCCUGGUAUGGAGAUGCCCAUGGCUAUGUAG